UUGUCCUCAAAGGAAUACAUUUCUUGCAAAUAUCGCUAUUUCCUACAUAAAUAUUGCCAAAUACCAUCAUGUACAUUUACACAUUAAUUCUUCUCUUGAAAUCUCAGACAACAUGGAUAAUUGUUUUUCCACAUUUUGUGUAAAGAAUCUCUUCAAGAAAAAGCAAUCCCUCUCUCGCCCCAUUGAUAUCAUAUUCAAGCUUCUAAACACUCCCACAGCUUGGCCACCAGGUAAUGGUUUUGCUAGUGGAGUCAUUGAUCUAGGUGGGUUACAAGUGUCACAAGUAUCAACAUUUAACAAAAUUUGGGCUACCUAUGAUGGUGGCCCAGAUAAUCAAGGUUCAACAAUCUUUGAACCAACAGAAAUACCUCAAGGAUUCUCUAUGUUGGGUAGCUACUCCCAAUCCAACAACAAACCUCUUUUUGGAUAUGUUCUUGUAGCAAAGGAUGUUUCUUCAAGUACCACCAAUAGCACUUUAAAGAAACCAAUUGAUUACACACUUGUAUUAGACACUUCAUCUAUUAAGAUUAAUCAAGACACCACAUGUUAUAUUUGGUUACCAAUAGCACCUAAUGGAUACAAGGCUUUAGGCCAUGUUGUCACCACAACACAAGACAAACCUUCACUCGACAAAAUCAAGUGCGUCAGAUCGGACCUCACAGAUCAAUGCGAGUCUUCUUUGUGGAUAUGGGGAUUCAACGAUUUCAAUUUUUACGAUGUUAGACCAAUCAAUAGAGGAACUCAAGCUCCCGGUGUUCACGUUGGCACAUUCGUUGCACAAAAUGUUGGAAAUACUAACCCUCCAUCAAUUUCAUGUUUGAAAAAUCUCAAUUCUUUAACACAAAUCAUGCCGAAUCUACUACAAAUUAAUUCGAUACUUGAAAAUUACUCUCCAAUAAUGUACCUUCAUCCUGAUGAAGAAUACUUACCUUCCUCAGUCAAUUGGUUUUUCUUCAAUGGUGCCUUACUAUACAAGAAAGGUAAAGAAUCAAAUCCUAUUCCAAUUGCACCAAAUGGUAUUAACCUCCCUCAAGAUCCUAACAAUGAUGGUACCUAUUGGCUAGACCUACCUGCUGAUGAUACAAACAAAGAAAGGGUCAAAAAAGGAAAUUUACAAAGUGCUGAAUCUUAUGUACAUGUAAAACCAAUGCUUGGAGGAACCUUCACUGAUUUUGCCAUGUGGGUUUUCUACCCUUUCAAUGGACCAGGAAGAGCAAAAGUAAAGUUCAUAAAUGUUAAAUUAGGAAAAAUAGGUGAACAUGUUGGUGAUUGGGAACAUGUGACAUUACGAGUAAGUAACUUGGAUGGUAAGUUAUGGAAAAUUUACUUUUCACAACAUAGUAAAGGUCAAUGGAUUGAUUGUUCUCAACUUGAGUUUCAAAAUGAUGAUAACAAUAAAAGACCAAUUGUUUAUUCUUCACUGCAUGGUCAUGCAUCAUAUCCAUAUGAAGGAUUAGUUUUGCAAGGGAAAAAUGGAAUAGGUAUUAGAAAUGAUAGUGCUAAGAGUGAAAUGGUUAUGGAUUUGAAGAAAUUAGUAUUGGUUUCUGCUGAGUAUUUGGGACCUUUUGUUAUUGAGCCAUCUUGGUUGAAUUAUUUUAGGGAAUGGGGUCCAAAGAUUGAUUAUAAUUUAGAUGAGGAAUUGAGGAAAGUUGAGAAGUUAUUGCCUUGGAAGCUAAAAGAUGCAUUUGAAAAGAUUAUUAGGAGUUUACCAGAUGAAGUAUUGGGAGAGGAAGGACCUACAGGUCCAAAGGUGAAGUAUAAUUGGACUGGAGAUGAAGUUUAAAUAUAUUAUGCUUACAAUGAUUCUUAUAUAUAUAUAUGUAUUAAUGUAUAUACUUCAAAAUUUGAUACAGAUUAAUGUUAUUGGUGAAAUUAAAUUGUGUAUUACAUAGAAUUAUAAGUGGUCGGUUUUAUAAGAAUAGAAUAGAUUAGAUAUAACAAUCUAUUAUGAUAUCAGAAUUUAUCAAUAUUAAUGUCACAUCAAAUUAAAUAGAAAUAAACUUAAUAGUGCUGUGACAAGAGAAUGUGUGUUGAG